AUGGUGUCAUCUCAAUUCUGUCUCACCUACAGCCUCAUCAUCACCUAUCUUCCCGUCGUCAUCUUUCUCUUUCAUACCAAGGAUGUCCUGUCCUCCAAGCUCGAGAGUGUCCGUGUGGCUGUGGUGUCCGACGAUGCCACCAACUUUUCCCUCUUCCAUGACCAAGUCUUGACAGCAAUCCAGGAAGUGAAUGCUACCGAGUCAGGUAUGGCUUUGCACCUUGGUCCUGUCGUGCUAUCUUCUCAUCCCAACCCUAUGGACGUGUACCGACAGACUUGUAACCAACUGGCUGGUACCGACGUAUCUGCCGUGGUGGUACAAGCGGAUGAGCGAACCCAGUUCAGUCUUUCGGUUGCCGGUGGGUUUCUGGGAGUUCCAGUAAUUGGCCUAGGCAAUCGGGCUUUUGCGUUCUCCAACAAGGAAGUCCAUCCUCUCUUUCUACGGCUGGAUGUCUCAGUCACCAAUCAAGCCCACGUUAUUAAGAGUCUCUUACACCGCAAUGCCUGGUUCAACUUCUCCGUAGUGGCCAGUGAAGGGGAGGGAUCCGACGCUUUUGUGCAGAGCCUACGUGAUCAGAUACAGACACCAGGAUGGAACAUACGUCGUGACGUGCGCUUCUCUAGUGGCGAAGCAAGCAGUGGACGGUUCUUGAGAAACCUUGCCAACGACGAUUCCUAUGUCGUUAUGGUUCUUCACUGCUCCCCUCAAGAAGCGCAGAACGUGUUCCGAGCGGCUAGAGAGUUCAAACUCCUGGGAAAAGGUCACGCCCUCAUCGGUACCGAGUCUCUAGUGACCAAUGACCCAAACAUCCUGAGGGACUAUCCUACGGGUCUCUUGAUUGUCAAACACUACGACCCUGCACCUCUGAAGGACCACCUGUACGAUGCGUUCACGCUGGUUGCCCGAGCAGCUCAGCGACUGAAGUGGGGUGGGGAGACACGGAACAUCUCAUGCUGGACUAGGCCUGGUAGUAAUCAGCUGGAGUACGCAAAUAACUUCUACAGCACAAUGACGAAUACAAGUUUGAAGGGCAAAAUCGGCAACAUCCGGUUCGACCAGAACGGCGACCUUCGUGACUCGUCCUACCAUAUCAUGAACUUGAUCGAGGAGUCGCCUAGGGUACACGCCUGGAAGGAGGUCGGGUCUUGGAAGAGGGGAUCGCUGAAUCUAGAGACGGUGGUAUGGCCUGGCAACACCAUGGUUAUGCCAGUUGGAGUGGACACUCAUAAGCUCAUCAUUGCCACCAACACGGAGAAACCUUUCAUCUUCUACAGCGACUCUAAUGGUAUCGAGGGUGAGUGCACCACGGGCGUACAGUGUCUCUUGGCAAAGAGAAACAGCGAUAGAAGGGAUUUGGAGAAAGCUUUUGAGGAGUUUCGUCGUAGGCCAGAUGGCGGAAACUACUCGGCUGAUUUACGCUGCUGUACAGGGCUGUGUGUGGACCUGAUCAAACGCAUGGGCCAAGAUCUGAACUUCAAAUACGACCUUUACUUGGUGGCAGAUGAGAACCAUGGAGCCCUCGAGAACGGAACUUGGAACGGAAUGGUAGGGGACUUGAUUACCGGCAAAGCAGACGCUGCCAUCUCAUCCUUCAGUAUCACUAGGGAGCGAAGUACCGUUAUCGAUUUUACAGCUCCCUUCUUUCACUCCGGAUUUUCCACCUUGGUAGCUAAGAGACAAAGGCAGCAGACGCUUGGAGCCUUCUUGGCACCUCUCCAUCCUAACGUCUGGAUGCUGAUCUUUGCUUCGGCGAUCGUUAUGGCAGUCUGUCUGACAAUCUCUGAGUGGAGCAGCCCCUACGGCUUGCAUCCAGGGGGACGAAAUCGUAACAGCACCUUCAGCUUCCCUUCGGCUCUAACCAUCACCUUUGCAAUCCUCUUCUCCAAUACUAUCAAGACUAAACCUCCAAAGUGCAUGACCAGUCGGAUGUUGCUUAAUGUCUGGGGAGGCUUUUCCCUGAUAUUCUUUUCUAGCUACACGGCUAACCUUGCCGCCUUCCUUGCUGGUCAGAUGUCGUACCUCAGCAUCGAAGACAUCAAUGAUCCGAAGUUGAAAAACCCGACCACGGAGACCACUAUUGGCACAGUAACAGGAAGCAGUAUACAGAAUUACCUCCGAAGUCUCAACCCUAACCUGGAUGCCUUUAUGGAUAACUACAUACAGCGCACCACGGAAGAAGCCAUUGACAACCUCAAGAAUGGCAUUUUGGAUGUGUUCGUCUAUGAUUCACCUGUGAUUGAAUAUAGGAUGGCCAAUGACCCACAAUGCAACCUGGUUAGCGUGGGGAAACCGUUUGGCGAAGAAGGCUAUGGAAUUGGAGUGCGUAAAGGUAAAACAUCGCAUUAG